UGCGAGGCUGUAAAACAAGAGGGCGCUGUUCCAAGCAUGUAACUUGUAAAAUUUACUUGUAAAAUGUUUGGACUUUAGUUAGCUAAUUAGUAACUCUCUUAAAAAUUGAAAAUCACAGCUACAAUUUCGAAUGUGCAGUGCUCACAACAUCAACUUAGUUUCGAGGAACUUUGAGCGAACUGUAUAUCAGUUAUCUUCAGGAGACAACUUUCUCAAGACACAAACCUCCACCAUGAAGUACUGGAAAGAAGCUGCCACUGUUAUCCUUGCUGCUAGAUUUAGAAACCCUGGGUCUAUCUGCCACCCUGCACCAUCGGCUGCAAGUAGAAAGCCUACAGAACAGGAACAUAGCACCACAACUGGCUUGGUGAAUGCAUGUUUUGAUUACAAGGUUCUGAUGCUUCAACGAACCCAUCAUAGCUCAUUCUUUGCAGGAGCUCAGGUCUUCCCUGGUGGUGGGAUAGACGAAGCCGAUUAUUCACCCAAAUGGAUGGAGCUCUUUGCUGAAGUUGGUAUCCGUAUCCCGCAGGAUUUUGGACCGAUGGUCAGCAAACAGCACGAAAGGCCACCCAUGAUAGCAGCUGAUAGAGGCUCUCCAGUACCUAGCGAUAUAGCCUUCCGGAUCUGUGCCAUCCGGGAGACAUUUGAGGAAUCUGGGGUUUUGCUGCUCAAACAGUUCAGUCAUUGUCACCCGGCCACUGAUAGCAUGCCAUCAGUUCAACAGAACAAUUCAUCUAGCACUCCAGAUAUCAGUGUUGAGACAUCCAAAGAAUGGAGACAUCGUGUCCAUAACAAUGCAGCUGAAUUUCUUGAGAUGUGCCGAGAAUUGAGAAGUCUUCCAGAUGUGUGGUCGUUGGCAGAGUGGUCUGACUGGCUAACACCAUCUGAUAUGAGGAGAAAACGCUAUGACACAAUGUUCUACCUGUGCUGUAUGGACACACAGCCUUCUGCUUUGCACGAUGAUAAAGAAACCAUUCAGUUACAGUGGGUGACUCCAAGCCAGUCACUGGCCCAGUAUUCCGAGGGGGAAUUCUUCCUGCCUCCUCCCCAGGUGUAUGAAUUCCAACGUCUCUGUCGCUUCCCAAAGCUGUCUGCCUUGUUCAACUUUAGCCAACAGAGGGCACUGUUGGGAUGCCAGCGUUACCUUCCUGUCAGGAUGAAUUGCUCCAACGGGGUGAUAACGACAUUGCCAGGGGAUCAUUUGUAUCCUGACCCGCUCAUACUGCAAACCAUACAAGAUGAACUCAUUCCACAGAUUGAGGGAACUAUUGAGGAGAAUACAGACACUAGCAAGCCACUUCAUCGUCAGAUGUUUGCAUUGAGUACUGUACCAAUGUGCCAAGCAAUGUGUAGCUUCACAUUACCUUAUGGUCAUUGUGCACCGCUACCAUAUCAGGAAUGUGUGGACUUACAUAGCCAGAGCUCCAAGCUCUAGGUUGUGUUACGUGACCAUAGAACAGAGAUUUCCUGUUUGAAUAGGAGGACAAAGGAAUUGACUGGAAAGGUUUAAAUUUAAACGUGCUAGGCAGUCAAUGUCUUUGCUCAGCCGUAGAGCAAGGAAAUUGAUUAUCCUAUAGAUUUGUAGGAUUUCCUGUUUCAACAACAAUCAGAUGAAACUCAUUAAUUGCCAUGCAGAAACUUCAAACAAACUAUUCAGUUUUGUAAACUUUAAAUCGAUACGAAUCUUCAGAAACAAUGGGUUUUUUUCUCAAAGACAGUUGUUAAUUCACAACAUAAUUAACAACUUGUGAUAGUUUCAUUUGAAGAGUUAUUUCAAAAACGUGAAAGUUUCUCCUUGCUACCUAAAGUCAGUUUCGAUGGCUGUUACAUGUACAUGUACAUGUAUAUAGCUGAGCACAAUUUAAUAAUGCAAUAAAGAAAUAUAUGAAGUCUAGAGGCAGCCGUUAUAUCGUUUUCAUUCUUAAUAGUAUCCAAUGCAACAUGAAAACCAAAAACUUUCACCACUCCAGACAGUAUCUAAAGAACUGUCUCUGUGUCAAUCAGUAAGUUAUAUCAUUUAUUGAUCUCAGACUUAAAGUACUCUCCAAGAGAGUACUUAACGAAACAAUAACCAUGCAAACUUUUCACUUUUUACAAAUGGGUAUGUGGCAUUUUGGAAAUGAACUCUUCAUAUAUUGAAAUUGACAUCAACCACAUUGUGCACGAAUGAAGGUCAAACAGAUGUCUCUCUCUUGAGAAAUUCACACUCGGAAAUGUUGCACAUUUGAUAUUGAAAAUAAAUAGCUCUAAACACCCGACAGACAUUGUGAGAAGUGGUGAGUUGCAAGCUGUCAAGGAUUAUUCAAACCUGGAAUAUUUAAUUCUGAAUUUAGUAUUUAUAUUUGUUUUAGUGCCUCAAUUCAUAGUCAGAUAACAAGGAAUCAAGGCAGACCCUUACUUGGCAAAGUCUGAUUUUAUUUAUUUCUUCUAAAGUAAAAUAAAGCAGAAUUGAAAUUGUAGGUCUCAUUGUACCACACAAAUCAACCAGACAAUAAUGGCAGAUAAGUUUAAUGAAGAGCAUUAAUGUCAUGGUAACUGGCUAGUAACCUCAGAUUGACUUACGUAACAAUUAUGGCUAUGUAUUGAAUUGAAACACUAAUUAAUAACCUGUUGGAAACAAUGUUUAGAAUUAUAUUCAAGCCUGUAUUUUUCAAUCUUUCUGUAAAAAGGAAUUUAUAUCUUUAUGCACUAUUAUUAACUUAUUAUAAUCAAAACAUUCAAACAUCCAUUUGUAGUGUCAUAAUUCACUACCAGUUAUAGUAAUCUUGGACAAUACUAAUUUUGGUUUUCAUCACCUGUUUCCAAAUUGAAAGUCCUUUUCACCUUUCAGCCAGAUGCGGUUGCAUUAUGAUAGCAUUCCAUCUGACAUCUCUGUCCAUUUAAAGGAAAUCUAUAACAUUUGCAAACAUGAAAAACCAAAAGUACCCAAUUAUUAUGAAAUACCUUACUUGACUGUAAAGUGAAUAAUAGUCUCAAGCACCCUGUGAAAUCAUGGCACCUGGUGUGCUGUCAUUUUCAAGAAAAGUGGAAUUUUUGUAUCAGACAACCAUCGUUGGAAAAAAAAUGGAGAAUUUUUAAUGUAUAACCUGCCCCCACUUUAGCAAAUUUAGUUAAUGCACAUUUUGUUUGCAAUCGGCUACACAUCUGUGAAUGGGUGCAACCCAGCUUGUCUGGUUCCCUGACCCAGCAAUUCCCUGACGUCUAUAAAUUGCUCUGUUUGAUCUGAAGUAGGGUCAGGGAACCAGACUCUAGUAUUUCCUUUAAUGACAUUGCUCCUUUCUCUAGAGGAAAAGCCAGCAACAUCCCUGUGUGUACGUUGCUAGCAAACAUGUCAUGUUUGGUGACCCAGUUUGCGGGCUCAGUCUGUGAGACUUACGUACCACCUUUCCUAAUAUGGACACCACGGUGACCGUUUUAGCCGAAUUUGACAGAUUUUUUUGAAAAAAAAAAGACGAGUUUGACAGAAAACUUAGCAAAAUGAAUUUUUUAGCAGAUUUCUUGCAGAAUUCUGUAAUAUAUGUGGUUUGACAGAAAAAUAUGGCAGAAUUGAAAAAUAUAGCUGAUUAGUUUUGAAAAAGCUUCAAUUUGAGGUUCCCUGUCGUAACACAGUAAAGUACUGUAGACCAUUGCAAGCUUGAACGUGCACUGCAAACAAAUUAAAUUUUUUUUUUUUAAGGAAAUGUUGUGAUUUUAUUUUUUGUUAAAGGAAUUUUAUAACAUUUGGCAUGUGAGUAUAAGUGUUUAUAAUGUAUUUGGCAGAUUUCUGUUCAAUCUAGCAGAUUUUUGAAGUGCAUCUACAUGUACAUCUGUACAUGUAGCAGAAUUUUGCCAUUACCUUAAGUUACGGUCACCCUGAUGGACACAGUCAUUGUGAUUCAGCUAUCAACUCCUCCUAUGUGUGCUUUUUAGCAGAAACUUUUAUAAAAUUAAACUACAAUGCAUAUUGCACCGUGUUUCAGCCGUUAUGUAAUAUAAGUUCAACUAUAAAUAGGAUCCUUGAAAUGCAGCUGUAUGCCUAAUAAAUAAAUAUAAAUUAAUUUUUAGUCUUUGAUUACAUGUAUUGUGAUAUUUUAACGUUAAAAGCUUUUUUACGCAAAUUAAUGCAAUGACAAGAUCCAAGUAAAACAGUGAUAUUAUUAAAUGCCACAA